AUGACGCAAUCAGUUCAACAGUUGCUCUGUGCAUUCAACUCCAACCUUAAAAAACGUUUUCCUAUAGAUUGCAUGGUAAACAAAGACACUUACUAUCGCUUGAAAAAGAGAAUCCGAGAGACCCAAGGACUCCAGAACCAGGAUAUUAACCGAUGGGUUCUUUAUCGCCUUGGGAAUCUACUGGACAAAGAUACGACGUUUAUUCCAAAUAAGGCUGAUUGUCGGCUUUCUCCAAGAUCUCUUCUAUCAGUUGAACCUGAGUCAAGUGAUCCGGAGGUUGAUAUUGUCAUUUUCGAGAAGCCAGAAAGGAAGGAUAUCAGCAACAUUCUUCUGAAUUCUCCUGAAACACAAUCCGAAUAUCAGCCGUCCCCGGAGCUCAAAAGGCUUUUGCAUGAUGAGGUAGAGCAACACUACAAUUACUAUACACAGGGAUUUGUCGAUAAAUUAACCAUUCCUAUUUACCUGUUCCUGUCGGGCUCUGGGACCGGCAAAUCAAGGAAUGCAGCGGAAUUCAGUGACACCAUACAGAAAUGUUUUGAUGGGACAUUUUUCGAAGAAAGAAAUGAUGAACUGGUCACUCGACUCAAGGAAUCAUUUGUAUUCCAUGUGAGCCUCAAGGAAUUUCAAGCAGAUGAAUGUCCUUGGAAGGCUAUUGGCGUUCGAAUGCUUGUGCAGCUCCUACAGGAGGAUGAAACAGACUGUGAAAAGUUUUCAGUCAAGGAUAUUUACACUGGGUGGUACCCACCAGCGCCCAGUCAAGUAAUUGACAUACUUGCAAAUGGGCACCUUGAGAGGGAAACAUUUGUCCUUGUUGUCGACGACCUACACAAGAUUGCUGAAGCUCGGGGAGAAAUUCGAUUCUUUGAAACUCUUACACAACUUAAGGGUCUCGCACAGUGUGGUUUCAUACUUGUUUGUGGUACAUCUGCAAUAUCUGGGCCCAUUGAUCGAUUUGGCUCUCGACGAGCCAUACGCCUAGUGGUCGCGGAUGUGGCCAGCUCGGUGAUAGAUUACGUUAGUGGGGAGGUUAGCGUCCCUCCUAUGAGCUUCUGA